AUGACUAAAACACUGCCUAUACGUUACUACGAUUACUCUAACAUUGAGCUCCUGGCCAUGGUAAAGGUUUAUGUGAUGGGGAAUUACAGUAGCCGUGGGGCUCGUCGCCUCUACAGUGAUCCAGAUCAUUUAAAUAGUUUACAACGGCGAGGUAUACCAAACCCACGUACUCCGAGUGCCAAUAAAUUCACCUCUGUUUGGCAGCAUUUAUUAGACUCCGGACAAUUCCGCACACCCAAAUAUAUACGAAACGAUGCUAGAAUCAGAAAUAAAUCUAAAUACAAUGAUAAACUAGCUGCUCGAGUAGCAGAGUACUUUGAAACACACCCUGGCAGUAGUAUGCGGAAGGCAGCUCAACAUUUUGAUGUGAGCGCCUAUUACAUUUCGAAGCUUAUGAACAGGGAGAGUGAAGAAGAACCUUAUCCGCCUGACUCAAAUGAUCAGGAUGGAGCCACUUGCCACACUGCAAGAGCCACUAUGUACCAACUUCGUGGAUUGUUUUCUCAAAAAUUGAUAUCCCGCUUUGGUGAUAUUGCGUGGCUUUCGCGAUCACCAGAUUUGAUCCCCAUGGAGUUUUUCCGAUGGGAGUACCUUAAGAGUAAAGUUUACGUCAAUACUCCGAGGAAUAUCGCUAAGCUAAAACAAAAUAUCCAACAAGAAAUACGCGACAUCGAGCCAUAG